CGUUAUUUGACGUCACAGAAGAAGAAGAAGUCUUGUGCCCUUCACAACAGCAAACAUGGCGACUGCUACCAAAAUCAUCCAGAGGCUCCGGAAUUAUUUAUCGGGGCAAAACCUGCAAGCCAAGCUGCAGCUGAGAUACGAGGAGAUCGCAAAGAGGACACAGCCACCACCCAAACUGGCCGUCGGCCCGAGCCACAAGUUUGCUGACAACUAUUACUUCACGAGAGACGGACGCAGAGAGUCGGUACCCGCCACCGUCAUCAUGUCUUCUCAGAAAGCUCUCACCGCCGGCAGUGAAGUGGCUGAAGCCCCGAAGCCUGCGGUGACCCCCGGGGCCACGUACAAGGAGCCGUCCCUCUCCACAGACCAGCCCUACCUCUGAGCAGCAGGAUCCUCCACCAGGUCCUGCUGCAGAGUUCUGACCACUGUAUGUGUUGGUUGUAUCCUGUA